AUGGGGGACAGCCAGUACUCCUUCUCUCUUACCACCUUCAGGUCCCAACUCUCUCUCUCUCUCUCUCUCUCUCUCUCUGCGGAGACUUACCGUCAAGAUGACUUUAAAUGGGUCUCGGUGCCUUGCAGCCCGUCGGGGAAGCUGGUGCAGAUCGAGCACGCCCUGACGGCGGUGGGCUCCGGCCAAACCUCCCUGGGGAUCAAAGCUUCUAAUGGAGUUGUUAUUGCCACUGAGAAGAAAUUGCCGUCUAUUUUAGUGGAUGAAACAUCUGUGCAAAAGAUUCAAGCAUUGACUCCAAAUAUUGGAGUUGUUUACAGUGGGAUGGGUCCGGAUUUCCGCGUUCUAGUGAGGAAAAGCCGGAAACAAGCACAACAGUAUUACCUGUUGUAUAAGGAAACUAUACCUGUUACACAGCUUGUCAGAGAAACAGCUGCUGUUAUGCAGGAGUUCACACAGUCUGGCGGUGUAAGACCAUUUGGUGUAUCUUUAUUGAUUGCUGGGUAUGAUGACAAUGGCCCCCAGUUGUACCAGGUAGACCCUUCAGGAUCAUACUUCUCCUGGAAAGCAUCAGCUAUGGGGAAAAACGUGUCCAAUGCAAAGACAUUUCUUGAGAAGAGGUACACAGAAGAUAUGGAGCUUGAUGAUGCCAUCCAUACUGCAAUUUUGACUCUGAAAGAAGGUUACGAAGGGCAGAUCUCUUCCAACAACAUUGAGAUCGGGAUCAUUCGAUCUGACCGUGAGUUCAGGGUUCUGAGCCCCGCAGAGAUCAAGGAUUUUCUGGAAGAGGUGGAGUAA